AACUGCAAGAGCAAUAGAAAAAACACGUUACACCUUAAAUUAUUCACGAGAUUAGUAAAUAAAUUUACUUUUUUUAAAUUUAGUUCCGCAUUUAGUUAGCCCGAACGAUGGCAAAUUUGAAUGCGCUAUUGCUGUCUUUUUUUUUGAUCCUCGUCUCGUUUGUGGUGAACAUAACAUAUGCUACCGUUCAACCAAGAGCGCCAAAUUUUCAAUAUUUUGAAAGACCAAAGUAUCGCUAUCCGUACUACGAUGAAAAUGGACGAGGAAAACUCCUUUACGGCUAUGGCGGACCGGAAUUGUACCAAUAUAAGACCUACACUCCAUUGGAAGGCAUUCACUAAAUGACACCAGCAUACAUUUCUAAUUGUAAAUUUAAUAACUUAUAAUCAUCUGGAAUUUUGGUAUACAAAUUUUUCCUAUGUUAUAUUAGUUAAUUUAUUUUGGGGAAUUUAAUGGUUUAAAGCUCAUCAAGGAAAAAGAUUGAAAUGUGAAAUGGAUCGCUAUGUUCAAAUAUGCAUAAGUACAUGCAUACAUAUGUACAUACAAACGAAGUUAAUACGAGCUUUUGAUGAAAUUAAAAAUGUGCGAAAUGUAUUUUGUAUUUAAAUUCGGCAAUAUA